UUACAGUAAGCUGCUUUACUCGGACGUACCGGUCGGAGUAAACGGACCGAAGAGGGGUUUCAUCCAACCGAGAGUCCCCGGAGGCAGGCGAGGGGCCGCGGACAAAACUGGGCCCCAAAGCCCACACUGGUACAAUAGGUAAGGCUGGGUUUUUUCCAGGUCUUUCCUGCUUUAACGGGGUGCAACCGAGGAGAAAAUACACAUUUAAUACGAUUCGUGUGGGUAUAGAUGGAGAAAAAUGUGUAACGUUACUCUUUACGACACUUGUGAUGUAUAGGAAUGCGACGCUGAUUGAACGGCCCAAUGCAAACAAAGUAAUACUUCAUGCAGUCCGCUAACCUUACAUCUCUCCAUGGUUACACAGUAGUGACGCGAGACUUGGACAGGUGUGUGAGUGCACGUGCAGCCCUCCGGUUGGCAUCCGAUAUUGAUUGAUACGUCACUAAAGUUAUUAGGUACAGUUGUCAUACAGAGGAUAGCCUGCAACAGUACGUCUCCCACAGCCAGAGCCAGCCUUACAUCUGGGCAAAUUAGAGAGAAACCUGGGGGGGGGGAUUAAAUCUAUAUAUAUUACAUCAUGUGAAGUGACUCCAGUCAGAUGGAUUCAAUGUUUAAUGCUAGUUCAGCUUUGUUUGUUUUCACGCCUGACUGUCAGAUCUUAGUGUUUGAGGAGAGGAACAGAUGUAAGGCACAUUGUAAAUGGCCAUCAUGGCUGCAGGCUAGACUUGAUCCAGUGAGUCAAGAUACAAUCCAUAGGGUAUACUAUUGCAUAAUAAACAUAUCAAAGGUCAGAAAAUUGCUUUUAAACAUUCCAUUAAGUGAUAUCCUAGAUAGAUAGAUAGAUAGAUAGAUAGAUAGAUAGAUAGAUAGAUAGAUAGUUUAUUUAUCCCGAGGGAAAUUCAAGCAUCCACUAGCAGCAUACAAACAUCAAUUAGACAUACAUUAAACAUAUAUUAAAAUUAAACCUAUAGCACAGUAGCCAUACAUUAAAUUGGAUAGAUUCAACUUUUGCAGAUGAAUGAAAUAUGUGCCGAGAGAGAAAACAAACUAGAAAAAUAGAAAUGAGAGAGUCCAGCUCUGUGCCCACCACUGAGCCACAUCCUCUCCAGUCUGUCCAGUCGAGCGGCGUCUCUCUUCUUGCUGCUUCCUCCCCAGCAAACCACAGCAUAGAAAAGGACGCUGGCAACCACAGACUGGUAAAACAUCUGCAGCAGUUUUUUUUACAGAUGUUGAAGGACCCCAGCCUUCUCAGGAAGUACAGACGGCUCUGCACUUUCCUGUAGAGAGUGUCCAUGUUUGCUGUCCAGUCCAGCCUGUCAUCCAGCUGCAGCCCCAGAUAUUUAUAAGUCCUGACCACCUCCACAUCGACCCCCUCGAUGGACACGGGUUGGAGAUGUGGUUUCUUCCUUCUGAAGUCCACCACUGUCUCCUUGGUCUUGGAGGUUUUCAGCUGCAGACUGUUGGACCUGCACCACCCCACGAAAGAAGUACAUCAUGCGUCAGCGGGGUCAGGUGGAGGCAGCUGGCGGCCUUCAGAGCAGACCCGAACCUCCAAUGCACCUGGCCGUAGUGGCCUGUGGGGAGAGGCUGGAGGAGACCCUCACCAUGAUCAAGUCUGCUGUGCUUUUUAGCAUCAAGCGCCUCUACCUGCACAUCUUCGCUGAAGACCAACUUCACGCCAGCUUCAUCGAAGCUUUGGAGUCGUGGCCUGGUUUUAUUCGCUCCAGGUUCAACUACACCGUCUACUCCAUCAGCUUCCCCAGUGAGAACGCAGCUGAGUGGAAGAAACUCUUCAAACCCUGCGCUUCUCAGAGGCUAUUCUUACCUCUGAUCCUAAAGGACGUCGACUCGAUCGUGUACGUCGACUCAGACAUCCUCUUCCUGCAGCCCGUAGACCGCCUGUGGGCAUUCCUGUCCCAGUUUAAUUCCACCCAGCUGGCCGCUAUGGCCCCGGAGCACGAGGAGCCCCGAAUCGCCUGGUACAACCGCUUCGCCCGCCACCCCUUCUACGGCAAGACAGGCAUCAACUCAGGGGUCAUGCUCAUGAACAUGACGAGGAUGAGGAGCAGGUUCUUCAAGAACGACAUGACGUCUGUGGGGCUGCGUUGGGAGGAGCUCCUGAUGCCUCUACUUCAGAAAUACAAACUUAACAUAACCUGGGGAGACCAGGAUCUCCUCAAUAUCAUUUUCCACCACAACCCUGAGUGCCUGCAGGAGUUUCUGUGCCAGUGGAAUUAUCGUCCAGACCACUGUAUCUACGGCAGUAAUUGCGCGUCAGCUGAAGAAGACGGAAUCUACAUACUGCAUGGGAACAGAGGGGUUUACCACGACCACAAGCAGCCUGCCUUCAGGGCUGUUUACGAGGCCAUACGAAAGUACUCCUUUGGUGCCGACCCGGUGACCUCUUUGCUGGAUCCUCUGGAGGAGGAACUGUUGAAGACGACACACACUUAUUGUGGUAAAUCCCACCCGCUCUUCACCAGGAGACUGGCACACAGCCUGACAAACAUCAACAGGAAGGCCCCGCGUGGACGGUGACAAAAAUGAAUCACAAUGACGGGACGGAGGCCAAAAGGAGAGAGACGGUGCUUUAGCCUAACUUUUUUUUUUUUUUUUUAUUACAAGCCUGGUCAGAAAAACAAGGAAGCAGUGCCGGUUGUGACUACAGCUUACUUCUAAUCUUACAAGCUGAACCUCGCUGUUAAAAGCCGGGUUUGGUUUUUUUCUGACUUUGUCAAAAGAAAUGGGAUUUUCUUUUUUUUAAAACCAACAAGCAUCUAGUCUCUUUCAUGUAAUAAUUUUAUCCUCUCAGUGCCUUUGGUGAAUGUUCGUCAUGGUGCAAAAGAUGUUUAAAAGUUUGGAAGAGUAGCUCUUGACUUUCCAUAUUGGAGAAUUUAUUGAACCUUGUGAAACACUCUUAUUAAAAGAGACAAAAAUCAUAUCACAACUGGACAAAGGCUUCCAGCAGAGCCCUUUUUUUGAGAGAGAUGUAUGCACUAGACCACUUUUUCAACCUUCAGAAACUACUUUAUUACCAACAAGAUGGAAGAGAAGUCAUUUUAGAGAAGCAUGGAAAAGUAAUAAUUUCUGAAUUCUCAACUGUGUAAAAUGAUUAUGUGAACAGUUUCUGGAGUAGUUCUCCAUAUGUGAUUUUCUGCAGUGGCAGAAGUUGAGUGUAUGAACCCUCAGAGUACUGUCUUCCUGACUAAAUGUUUGUCUUACUUGUUAUUUUCACUGAGAAAAGGUCAUUUUUAUGUCGUAUAAUGUCAUUCUACAUUGUAGUGAUGUCGGGUCAUGUGACUCUACACAUGUUUUAGUUAACUUUAAUGAAUUUCCUUAUAUUGUGUUGAACAGACAGGAUUCAUGAACUUUGCUGAAUAACUGGAUUCUACAGAUGGGUGACAAAUGAAAGAAAUGGAUUGGGUUCCAGAGACUAGGAGGUGUCUGUUUCCUUUAUAUUGUCACCCAUCUGUAUAUACUUAUGUAUUUUCGUCAAUAUAGAUGUGUGGAUAUGCUAAAUAUCCUGUUUAUGAGUUUAUGCUCCACAGUAGAGCCAGCAUACAUUGCUACUGAACAAGUGAAUAAGCUACAAGUUUCUCUCCUGAUGCCAAAGUAUUUUGUUUUUAUUACUAUAAUUAUGGGUUUUGCACCGUUGAAUGUAUUUUGAACACUUAGGGUUGAAAUCAAAAUGUUAUUAUCAGUGCUUAUGUUGGUAUGGUUGUAAUGUAAGGAUAUCCUUUGUGACGUGUGUACUUGUUUAUAUGUCAUUGUGUUAUAGGAUUUUUUUUUUUUUACAUUAAAGAUUAUUUCAGUUUUGAUGAA